AAAGGUUUUUGGAGUUCAGAGUAAAUAAACUUUAACCCUUAACAAAUGCGAACUUUAAUAUAUUCCAUUUGAUCCAAUAGUGAAGAUAAAUGUUCAGUAGGGCUAAUUCAACUUACGUACAUAAUGUAUCUGGGCGACGUUCGAUCGGAAUAAACAUAUAUAUACAAACGACCUGAUUUAAAUGUUUCAUUUAAACUUUUUAAUAGGGAUAGAUAUAUGAGGAGUGGAAGGCCAUACUCAUUACACGCAAAGGAUCGUGUCACCACAAGAUAAAUAUAAUAACAUGGUAUUCAUUUAAAAAAGACUUACCGUUUGUCUAACAAAGCAACUGUAACUUUUAAAUGUAAAUAUGAAAUUUGGAAUGAAGUUGUUGUUUGUAUAAGGAAUUAACAGCAGACUAGAAUUAAUCUACAACUUCUGUGUUGUCAAACCAUUUGGAAAGGAAUAUAUCACCAUGUUCAUUAUAGUUAAGUAUGGACAUAAUGAAACAUUAUUGUGCAAUCCUAUGUGUGCUAUUGUCAAUCUACUGAACAGUAUAAAGAAGAGAGCCGGAUAUGGCAACUCCAAUGUAAUUGUUGAUUUAUCAGACGAAACAGGUCUUGUGAAGGAAUUAGAUCUACACAAGUACGACAGUGCAACGAAAUAUUUGAAUUCGCACGAAACUUACAUUUUAGUACAGAAAGAACAACUACAAGACAACUUAUCGGUUGAUUCUGGUUCUCCAAUUGAUUCGAAGAAUUAUCAAUACACUCCUUUAUUAGAACAAUACGAAAACUUGUUUCCAAACUUUAAAGUACAUGUAGACCAUAUAGCGACACCUAAAAUUAAAAAACGAGGUGGAAAAUCCCCAAGUCCAGCCGGCAGGUUUACGUCAAAACCGAAGAAAACCACAGAAUCGGGAACAUCAAAAAAGACGAGUGGAAAAAAGAAGUGAAAUUAGUAUUUUGUGCAAUCGGCCUGGUAGUACAAUCCUACAUUUUAGAUUUUAUAUAUCUACAAAUAUUGAUCGAACUUUAACUAGUAUACUUAACAGAAACCUAAUUUCAAGUAAUGUAUCAAUUUUAUUUUUCUAGUGUUUAAAAUUACAAAGAAAACAAAGAAGUUUGAGAAUAUAAUUGACGAUAGUUUCCUGACAAAAAAUGACGUAUAGCUAAUUACAUGUAAUUGUGACACUAGGUUUUACUAGUAUGAACAUUUUAGUUAAAACUUUCUGACCACCAUAAUGAAAUGGGAUUCUAAAACUUUGA